AUGGCGGCCGAAGCAGAUCUAUCGGAGGGCCGCAUGGCCGAUAUUAUUCGUGCCCUUGAGCUCAUCCACAGUCCCUCCUCGACAAAUGAACUGCGCAGAGAGGCUCUGACGUUCGUCGAGGCGCAGAAGGAGAGCAAAUCCGCGGCGCGUAAUGGCUUUUUGCUCGCGUCUCCCGACCAGAGCAACCCGCUGGUGCGCUACUUUGGCCUCGGCCUGCUGGACCACGUCUUGCGCCACACCUCCUUUGAGGCCUCCGACCAGAUCGCCGCGCUCAAGGACCUGGUCCUGCAGCUGGCGGAGUCGAUACGCCCGGAAGACCCGGCCUAUAUCCGCAACAAGAUCCCCCAAUUAUGGGCCGAAGUCGCCAAACGCAGCUGGGGCCUGGACUGGAACGAGAUGGACGCUACGCUUGUGCAGUUCUGGGGCGCUAGCCUGGUCCACAAGGAGCUGGUCCUGUCCAUCCUGGAAACGCUGUCGGAGGACAUCUUCUACCGCGAGGACACGGUCUCUUCCCUGCGCGGUACCGACCUCAACCGGGCCUUGGUGGAGAUUUGUACGCCUCUGCCGGUCUUUGAGGAGGUCCACCCCAAGAAGGACCAUGUUGAGCUGCGCUGCGGACCCGAAGGCUGGCUGUCUCGCAUCUGCGCUUUUCUUCAGGACUGCAUUGGGAACAUCCAGGGCUCGAAGCAGGCCCGAGACUCCGCUCUCAAGGCUCUUGCGACCCUCAAGUCCGUCCUCGCCUGGUCAAUCCCGAAGGCCAUCCUCUCCGCAAACUGUGUGCCCAGUAUCGCUCGAGCGUUCACCUGUGAUGACGAGCAAGUGUUGCUGGCCGCGGUGGAAGCCCUCCAUGCCUUAUAUAGCAGGUCUAAUAUCGAUACCGAGAGCUUCCAACCACUGGUACAUCUGAUGUACGAGACGGAGUCCUUGGGCGUACUGCAAAAACUGUACGAGUGGUCGGUCGUUGGGCCCGACGAUGUCGACGACACCAAGUAUACGAUUUGUAAAAAGUUAUCCGAGAUGUUGUCAUAUGUUGCGGGUUUCUUGGAAGAAAAGGCUUUCGCGCUAGAGAGCGCAAACGGUCUCAAUCUUCCGUUCUUCUUCCACCUCACCAUCAGCGUUAUCCAGAACCAGAGUCUCACCAUCUCGAUCCCUGUGCUCCAUGUGUGGUCCAAGCUGAUCGCGUCCGAAAGAAUCGGGAAUACGGACCUGGUUACUGGUCUCGUUCCCUCGCUGUUGGGAAUCUGUACUGAGCGGUUGAUUCGUUGGGAGUCUCUCCCGGCCGAUUCAGACAAUCCUACCGUUGCUUUCCUAAAUGAGGACAUUGACACGGUUCCGGAGCGGCAUGCGUUUGUUGGUAACUACAGGCGCUACUGCUCAUCUAUCAUCGAAACCAUCGUCCAGAAGCGGCCACAGGAAGCGAUCCCCCAUAUUCUGUCGGGAAUCGAUGCCAAUUUGGAUGGCCUCUACAAUGGGGUCGAACCUUUCAGCGUCAAAUCAUUCUCGAAGAGCUCGAUACCAUUGAUGCGUGCUGACACGCAGUUUGCGGUCGUCGAGGCAACUUUGAAGGGAUACAACAAAUGGGUCUCUGCGCAUGGAAAGAUGCCACAGCAAGAUGAACAGAAGCGGAGUGACCUGGAGCAGAUUUUGGAGGCGUGGGCUUUCAAAUUGAUGCAGCGGAACUUUGAGGACCCCGUUCUCAAGCAACGCGUCAUCAAGCUUGUCGUUGAUAUAUCCGCUAAAGCGCUCGAUAAGACCCCGAGCUUCGCGCUCAAGGCUCUCGAGUACAUCCUUAUGACACGCCUGCCCGACCAGCCGGACUACCCUGUAUACUCCGAAUCCGUCAAGGAACUGCACGGCCUGGCCAGCCAUGAACUCCGGCGGCUUGCCAUGCGCUACGCUGAUUACUUUGCCACUUUUUAUGACCUGCUCGAACCCAAGAUCAAAGAGAUCUCGAUGGCCAACCGGGUCGACGACAAGCUGCAGAUGGAGCUCACUUCUAUCCUGCUCAUUAUCAUGCAACGCGCGAACAAUGUUGAGCCGUACCAGCGUCAGUCGCGAUUGGUGUCCUUCGUGGAGCCCAUCAAACAAGCAUGGCAGGAGGACGAGCUCCGUAACAUGAGCUCAUCCUUCGAGGGGUUCUGUACUAUGCUCGGAUUACAGAGCGUUGGGCCGUAUAUGCGGGCGCGAAACGCGCCAAAGCUGGCGGAUUGGGCGUCGGUGCCUCUGGACAACGAGGGCAAGCUCAUCCAGGAGGAAAUGACCCGAAAGUUCCAGCAACUACCUUUGCGAGGCACCAAAACAAUGCUGGCAGUUUCCUCGGAUAAGCUCAAAAAGGCCGAACCGGCAUAUGAGCUCGCCUGCAGUGUGUGGCAAGACAUUAUCCCAAUAGUCUUACCAACCCUGCUGCAACUGGUCAGCCAUGCACAUGCGUUCCACAAUCCGGAGAACUGGGGCGGCAUGCCCGAUGACAUGCGAGGUGUUGUCGAGCGCAUCCUAACCGAUAGAUUCUGGCAAGCUGGGAUAUCCACCGGAAGCCGUGAUGAAUUUUAUGCCAAAAUCACCGCCUCACGAGCCUCUCUUGAGGGAUUUGCAUCCUCUGUGAGGGGCAAGAUCCGAGCGGUCCGGGAAUCCUGCUACUCGAUGCUGUUCAGCAUGAGCAGGCUACGCGAGCAUUUCUACAGCUUUACAGAGCUUCCCGGGCCCCUCGCCCAGGCCUUGUUUACGGAUUCUCCCCAUCUCUCCUCUCACCAGUUCUCCGUGCUUCUCAACAUCUCGAGGUGCUUGAUUGAUGACUGCCCGGUCCGGUUCCGGAGUCACUUUUUGCCCCCGAUGCUCGCCACGCUCUUCACCAACAUUGACAAGAAGGUGACCUCGGAGUGGGACAUCAUUGAACGGCAAAAGGAAGCACUUGCGGCGGAGAUCGAUCUCACAGACGAAAUGAAGUCGGAGAGCAUCCUACGGCAACUCACAUAUUCUGCGGUGAUCUUUGUGGCAAGCCUCCUGGACCCACAGAGAGGAGACCCAGACGAUGAGGCGGCGGAUCCCAGCGCGCCCCAGGCCGCCCCGGCUCUCUCAGACUCGAUCCGACACUUUGUUCUUUCGUCGCCGGAAAUCUUCGAGCCGCAUCAUCACUCGCGUCAUCCGGUCCAUCUUGCAAGACUUUGCCCCCCCAACAACACACCAACCACGGUAACUAUCCGCGAGUUCAUCUCGUCCGAAGUCCUCAAGGCGUGCAUCACCUCGGUGCACGAGCCUUAUUUCGUUGACAUGCAGAAAGAUCUCGCUCAGCUCAUUGCAUCGAUUUGGAUUCUCUACGGAUCCACCAGCCCGACUCCGCGGGUCGUAAUGCUCAGUCUUCCCGGGAUGGACGAGCAACGGGUUGCCAACGCCGAGGCCGCGCUGGUCCGGUCCACGGCGGCGCGCCAGCAGCGAGCGCUGAUUUUGGAUCUUCUGGAGGGAUUAAGAGGAGUUAGUAUCGCCGAGCAGGGUAAGAUAAUGGGCUCUCGGGAGGAGCGCCGAAAGGCCCGGAGCGCGCUGCAGGAGCGGUACAUGAGCACCAACGAGAUGGACGGGCAGCAAACCCACAAGGUCGACAUCAACGACGGACCGGACCUCGCGGGCGUCGCAGAUCUGUUUGGUUAG